GUUACAUGGUCGGGUGACCAACUCACAACGACUGACGCCACGAGCAACGUCUGCACAGGUGCCUUCAGCCAUAUUCGCUCAGUCCUCAUGUGGGAAUGCACAAACAACAUGGUAGUUCCCGCAUGGAUGCUGGCCGCCGCGAGCACACGACAUUCGUUCAGCAGACGUCGAACGGCAGGGCCAGCAGUCCCUGCAGAGACAUGUGCCAUCAUUGAGCUCAUUCGGACGUUCUUCGACGACAGCGAGCUUGCGCUUUCACGGUUUGAUGUCAAGGAGGCGACUGCAGACACUUACAGAUUCGUUGGUUCUCUGUCCAGUGAAGUACUAAAAUCGAACCCACACGUCUCUGUCCAAGUUGUCAAGUCUGCACCUUACGCCGGCGGCAAUGAGGCCUGGUUUGUCCGCCAAAUUGUCCUCGCUGACUGCGAGAGCAUCUCUAUGGAAUCACACCCUUAUCUCCACACUCGUGAUUGGUCCAUGGUCACUUCCCUUCUUUACGCAUUCCCACGACUAGAACGGUUCCAAGUUCUCUGCGGGGAGAAACAUUCAAAAGAAGACUUCUGCAUGUUCUCUGACAGGGUUGUGGGGGGUCUGAACAGCCAUACGAAACGGCUCGUCACGCUUCAGUACGAUCCUGACCUGCCAGACGGGAGAUACUUGCAGCCGGCACUGUUUGAUCUAACUGAGGCAGAUGUGGAGGAAGCUCGGGAGAAAAAGAGACAAGCCAAAGAGAAAGAUAGGUGGAGGCGUUUAGUAUAAGCGGCAUGCGACUAAAAUUCAAGAGCAAAACAGAUUGGUCAAUAUUUACUUCCCAUAUGUCCAAUGUUCUUGUCUAUUCUCGUUUGAUCAUAAUUGCCAGAAAUUCACGGUCUCUUAUGUGUUGUCUCGCCUUCGUUCUCGUGCGACCUUCGUAUCACUAAAUCAUAGAGGCAGCUGGUACUUAUGCUACACCUUCAAAACU